UCAAUGGGAGGGCAGAGCUGGGACUGUGACAAAAGUCAAAUAUAUCCGAGUGACAGCGGCGUUAUAGAAAAUGAGAGGAAAAUCUGUCUUAUUGCCAUGCUGCUGGAGUGCCUCUUUAAAACAGGCGAAAUACUAAACAAGUGAUUAUUAAAUUAUUGAUGAAACCUCUCCAGUCCAAGUCUCCUAUAGUCAUGCAAAUUGAUUAAUGAGGAACACCGAUGAAAAAGUUUGAAGAAGGAAGACGGAGAGGUGAUGGAGGAACCACCACGAAAUUAGACAUUAUAUAUGAGGGGACCAAGAACAUGGUUUUCACACUUUAUGGAAUGUAAAUAACUUAUUUCUAUCAUGCAGAAGAAAUGGAUACGUCGGAGGUUGACCGUUUUGAUUCUCACCAUCUUCAUCAUUCUCUACGUGGACUUUCAAUUACGCACCAGCAGCCCUCCAAAGCUCAGCGUGGCUCACCAUCCGUCACCAUUUGUGCAUCAGCCCCCCAUCCAUCGGGCUCUAUCCCCGGCCACGGACGCACAGACCCCGUCUAGCAGCAGCACCGGGAACGGAGGACACCCAGCCUCCGGAGUUGCACAUGUCACCCAGCCGAAACUGAAGCUGGAGGACAUCUUCGUCGCCGUGAAGACCACCGGGAGGUUCCACAAGACGCGUCUUGCGCUCCUGCUGGAGACGUGGAUCUCCAGAACCAAGGCGCAUACUUUCAUUUUCACAGACACGGAGGAUGUGGACUUGCAUUCAAAAGGUUAUAACAUGGUGGUAACAGGCUGCCAGUCAGAUCACAGCCAGCAGGCUCUGUCCUGCAAGAUGUCCGCUGAGUCACGACGGCUUCAUGGCCUCAGACAAGAGGCCCUCCUCUCCCUGCUCUCAGCCUUUCCCCAGGACGGCGACAUCUACGUGGGCAAACCGAGUCUGGACAAGCCCAUCACUGCUCAUGAACUGCUGAAGGGCAAUGCAACGGCACCGCACCACAGUGUUGAUUCAGUGUAA